AUGAUCCUUAUUGGUAAUGCAAGUGCUUGCAAUCCUUGCAGCAAUAAUGGACCACAAGAAGCGCAACAAAAACAACAAAAACAACAACAACAACAAGAAGCACUGCCCGAAGAGUUGACCUGCAGCAUUUGCAAAGAACUCGUUCAAGCCGCUGUUCUUAUAGACAAAUGUCGGCACUCCUUUUGUUCCUUUUGCAUCCGAUUGGACUUUUCCGCACAGUCCAAAAAGCUCAAAUCUAAAGUAUGCUGUCCUUGGUGUCGAGCCGAAAUCUAUCCACGGGGUGUCAACAAGGCCGACCAGCAUUUGACUGCCAACUUGGAGUUGCAGGAACAAGUCUUUCAUUUCAAACAGCAGCAAUCUUUAUUAUCAUCACAAUCACGGCAGCAGUCACAAGCCAAAAAAGAAGUUGAUGAAUCAUCAUUGCCAUCACCCCUUAGAAGGUCUACUCGCCAUUCAAAUAGCCCACCAAAGCAGCAACCACAACCACCAUCGCAAGAGUCACAGGUAUCACUGUACAGCAAACGAAACCCUCCAUUGCCAAAAAUGCGAGCGGUCCACUAUCAAGGCAAGAAACGAAAAGACUUGAUUGCCUUAUUAAGGCCCUACGGUUUGCCGUGUGCAGGUACAGAAGAUGAACUCAAGAAUCGACACACCCGCUUUGUCACGUAUUGGAAUUCCUGUUGUGACGAACAGGUGGAUCCACCCUCGGAAGCAACAGUCAUUCAACAAUUUCGAUCCUCGGAAGUCAAAAAGGCAUCGGCUACUGCUGCUGGCAAUAGUAUUACUCUGAUGAUGGCUAGCAGCAGCAACGGCAAUAGUAGCGGUAGUAGCGGUAGUGGCCGAGUGAAUAGUAUUAAUGCUGCCGACGAUAGGGCUAGACUCCUUCAGGAGCACGCCGAAGGAUUCCGAGCGAUUCACGAGAAAAUCUUGGAGGACUCUUGCGACCAAUGGUGCAAUGCGUCGUUCCGCCUGGCCAUUGCGGUCCUACAAUCUCAUCCAAUGAUUCAAAAUGACAGCUUUCGCGAUUGCCUACGACAACGAGCCAUGAACGAAAACCACCAAGAAAUACCAAUCCAAGACUUGCUUUCGGGAGAGGUUCCAAUACCAACAACAAUUUUUGAGAAUAUAGACCACGAAAGGAUCAAGCGAAACAGUCCUUCCGUUCCCACCAACAUGCCGACUGCCAAGAGACCCCGGAUCGAGGCUCCAGCAACUCCUGUUGGGGCUCCAAUUUCAAAUCCUUACAGCAAAAAGAGACAAAGCAACAGCAUUCAUCAGCCGCCGACCGCAACUGCCAGAGACGCCAAGCUGGUGAACCAUGCUGCACCCAUGUUGGGUUCCACCGCUCUCCGAAAUUAUUCACCGUCACUGCCGGAAAAUCCCUACCGCAAAAGCUGCAACAACACUCCGUCAACAGCAACCAAAUCCAUGUCGACUGUUGGGUCACCGGCGGCUGCCACAGCCAGCCUUCCUUCCAGAUCGCCGCCCCGGAAUCCCUACCGCAAAAGCGUGAACAACACCCCGUCAACAGCAACCAAAUCCAUGUCGACUGUUGGGUCCCCGGAUACUACCACAACCAGCGUUCCUUCAAGAUCGCCGCCGCGGAAUCCCUACCGCAAAAGCGUGAACAACACCCCGUCAACAGCAACCAAAUCCAUGUCGACUGUUGGGUCACCGGCGGCUGCCACAACCAGCGUUCCUUCAAGAUCGCCGCCGCGAAAUCCCUACCGCAAAAGCUGCAACAACACUCCGUCAACAGCAACCAAAUCCAUGUCGACUGUUGGGUCCCCGGCGGCUGCCACGCCGGUGGAAGCAGCCAAAAAAGAGGCUUCCACGACAACAUUUAAAUCGAUUAGUGUUCCCAUGUCUGAACCACCGCCACACAAAGCAAUAAAGGCUGCGACGACAAGCGUCAUGCGGCCCAAUGAUGCUUCUCACCAAAACAGCAACCAUAACAACAACAACAACAAUAACAUUCAGCAGAACAAUUCCAAUGCGAGCAAGAGUAACAGCAAGCCAUCUCCCUCGACCGCUAUUUCCCAAAAUGAUGCAUCCCAACCUCGCAAUGCUGUUAGCCCACCAACCGUUGCCACAUCGUUCUUUACGAAAAAGACGACUCGUCCAAAAUCCAAAUGGGAAUGGACCUGCCAAGUUUGCAUGUACGAAAUGAAACUGGACCCGAGGGCGACCAAAUGUGCGUGUUGCGGGAAACCCAAAGGAGCCACCCUGGAAGAUGCCUUUUCCGAACAUCACCAGAAUAGCAUCAGUCAAACACAGCAGACGCAGUCAUCGAGUGCUGGAUCACAAAACGAUCCGAUUGAAAUGUGUUGA